AUGGCGGCAGACGAGUGUAACAUUAAAGUUAUCUGCAGAGUUAGACCUUUAAAUGAUUCCGAGGAAAAAGCUGGCAGUAAAUUCGUACUUAAAUUCCCCACUGAUGAUUCCAUCAAUUUGGCGGGAAAGGUUUAUGCUUUCGACAAAGUUUUCAAAUCAAACGUAACUCAAGAUCAAGUUUACCAAACAACAGCGAAACCCAUUGUCAAAGAUGUCUUAUCUGGGUACAAUGGAACUAUAUUUGCCUAUGGACAAACAUCUAGUGGUAAAACACACACAAUGGAGGGUGUUCUGGGUAAUGCUACUCUACAGGGAAUCAUACCACGUAUUGUUGGUGAUAUCUUCAGCUACAUUUAUCAGAUGGAUGAAAAUCUAGAAUUCCAUAUUAAAGUUUCAUAUUUUGAAAUAUAUAUGGACAAAAUUAGAGAUCUUCUUGACGUAACCAAGACAAAUUUAUCCGUGCAUGAGGACAAGAACAGAGUUCCUUAUGUUAAGGGAGCUACAGAGAGAUUUGUAUCGAGUCCUGAGGAAGUCAUGGAAGUGAUUGAUGAGGGCAAGGCCAACCGACAUGUUGCUGUAACCAACAUGAAUGAACACUCCUCUCGAAGUCACAGUGUAUUUUUAAUAAAUGUUAAGCAAGAGAACAUUGAGACCCAGAAGAAACUGAGUGGCAAGUUGUAUCUUGUUGAUCUGGCUGGUAGUGAAAAAGUUUGUAUAUAUCUCUUCAUAAUACAUGUUAGUAAAACUGGUGCUGAAGGAGCUGUGCUGGAUGAGGCAAAAAACAUCAACAAGAGUUUGUCUGCUCUUGGAAAUGUCAUUGCUGCUCUGGCUGAUGGAAGUAACUAUGUACCAUACAGAGACAGUAAACUGACCAGGAUCUUGCAGGAAAGUUUGGGUGGAAAUGCUCGCACUACCAUGGUCAUCUGCUGCUCUCCUGCUUCAUUCAAUGAACCUGAAACUAAAUCUACUCUUAUGUUUGGACAGAGGGCCAAGACGAUCAAGAACUCAGUGAUGGUGAAUGAAGAGCUGACAGCAGAGGAGUGGAAGAGGAGGUAUGAAAAGGAGAAGGAGAAGAAUGCACGACUCACUGGAGUCAUCGAAAUGUUGGAGAAUGAGCUUGCCAAAUGGAGGGCAGGUCAGAAUUUUUUCUUUUGGUUCAUUUGA